AUGGAGCGCGCAAACCGCAUCCAAUAUUUUUGUGAUGAAGGUUCGACCAUCCCGUUCCUGUCCCACCCCCGCUGCGCUCACCUGUACAAAAUGAGAGCUAUCAACCCUGUAUCAUUGGCUAGAGCUAGGGAUUAUUAUGAAUCACAACAUCAGGAGAAAAGCGCGCUCAGAACUGGAAACGAUGAACAGAAAACAUCACAGGACGAGCAUGCAGAUUUAGUAGAAAAAGAAUUGACAGUCGCAUUGGCUGAUAAACAAUCAGCACUGUUCGAUAGACCGUACGUGGAAAAGAAAGGAAAGAACGACUUCCUCGUACUGAGGCCCGAUGUAGUCGAUCCGUUUGUGACCGUAGUACCAAACCACAUGUACUACAACAUCGAAAAAACUUGUGUCAACUGGUAUGUUUUAAUAGCUUUAGCAUUAGUAUCCUGCACUUCUAGCGUUCAUUCACGGACCGACGAACCUUAUUUGUUGGCAACUGUUUUAUUCUACUGCGAUGGUGACGGACAAAAAGCAACAGCAAACGAAAUUCCAAUGAAAGUUGAUACAUUGAUUAGGAAAGACGUUAACGCUCGCAUCUUAAGUGAUAGAGUCAAAGUAGUACCGGUUUUUAAUGACUCUCGUCUGAGUCCUUCGCCUGCAGAACUGAUAGGAUUUAUGCAGUACAUGCAGAAAACUGUUGUCGUAACAAGACUACCAGCGCAGCUUGCUAAAAAGUUAGUAGUUGAACAUAAGAAGCGUUUAAUGAAGAAGGAACUUGAAUCAAAGAACGAUAAAGGAAAAAAAACUGUCCAUAGUUUCAAAGAUGAGGAAGCGAACAGUGAAUCAAAGUCCUCUGAUGGUAAAAAUAAUGCAGUAUUACCAAAAAUGUUUUUGAAGAACUCCGUUUAUUACUCCAUUGAAGCUAAAUGUAUCUUUAGAUCUAUAGCAUGUGAUAAGUUAGAAGCCGCUAUCACGUUAUUAGGCGUCACCAAGCAAAGCUCUGUUGUUUCACAAAAACAGUAA